AUUGGCCGUCACAGAAUCCUUUAGCCAAUCAACUUUUCAAACUCAACUACGCGGGAGACGUAGCAGGAAGUAUGCGGCAAAAAUGUAACGCUGUGUGUGAAAUAAGCAGCGUAUUUUCAGUGAUGUUUACAACUUUUUAGUAGUGAAGAUUUCACUGGAAGUGAAUUAUUGAAAGUGGUUAGGACGAAACUCUACAUCUGAAUACUUUUGUGUCAAUCGAAACGUGACUGUAAUGGCAGAAAUCACCAACCUCUGUCAGCCGUAUUAAAAGCUACGUUGCUCUGCAGCCACACAUUGAAUCAGAUUAACCUGUAGGUCGACGAGAUACAUUGAGCCAGCACAGAAUGUCCUUGGAAAUGUCAACGGUGUUGGACUUGGCACCGUCACAGAGUCAGAAAGCAUCACUGUCAUCUCUUCUCGCAAGUCGCACUGCAAAGAGACCCAGAGAUCAUCUGUCCGGACAGGACUUGCAGGAGGCUGCUAUUCAGCUGCUCAACAGCAACCAGAACCUGACUGAUCUCCUUCUGGAAGUGGGAGAACAAAGCCCCAAGUUUGGUAAAUUCAGUCUUUACUGGGAUGCUGAGGAAAAAGAUGUGCCUGAGCGAAGCAUUGUGCAGAAGACUGGAGCCUCUUUCCUUUUGAGUGAGCUGAAGAGGCAGUCUCAGGAGCUGGGAGUCCCGGUGGGUGUGCUGUCUGUAAGGGUGGUGCUGGACAGGGUGCUGGAGCUCACAACACCUGCUGCAGAGACAGAAGAAGAUGGAGAUCACAUACUCCUCACCCCAGUUCAGAGGACCCAGCUUGGCGUGCUGCUUCAGUCCACUAGAGAGCUCCUCUCGGCCGGAACCUUUAGUCCCAAGCUGCUGUGGCAGGAGUACUGGAAAGCACAGCCCAGACUGGAGGUUGUUUACCAUCUACAUGCUGAGAAUAUUCUUGCCCUGGAGGACCUGCUUGAAAGUGAUGAUGGUGUGCGGAUCUGGAUGAUCAAACAGCUGAAGGCUCUGUGUGGCUUAACCCAUGCCCAGGAGCAGAGAGAAGGGGAGGAGGGGCAGGGGGACACCAAACAGAAGAUACUGUCAACAAUCAUGCUUGCUCUGGUGCGGGGUGGCUUUGAGGAAGUCCAGGCCGCCUCUGGUUCGGCUCCUUCCUGCUCCAGACUGUUCUCCCAACGUUGCCAAUCCGUAUUGGAUAACAUGCUGUCCUGGUUGCUGGGCUUGCUGACCCCCAGCCAGGGUCCUCAGGAUCAGGGCAAGACAGCAGCAGAGGCCUGGGUGAGAGUGUUUGAAGCAUCUCUGUCCCACGCCUCUGUUCUCGGCGAGGCUCUGCGUCGGUUUUAUACACACUCCCUCACCUAUAUACUCACCUACUGCCCACUACUCAAAGUGUCAGACGCUGUUGCCAUGCAGAACAACUGGACCUUUGCCAAAACCAGCCCACUAUUGACAUCUCUGUUGUGUAAGCUGUGUGUGUUGUUCAGUGUGGAGGAGCUGCUGUCUCGUCUGCAGCAGGUGCUGGAGAGCCACGAGGUGAACUGGCAACACGUCCUUUGCUGCCUCUCCACACUGCUGGUCUACCAUGCCGAUGCCCCACGCUGCCUCAAAGAGAUGUUGUGCAGGCUGUUGGGCACAGCGUUUGAGGCCUAUGACCUGGAGAGCAUGAUCACCGCCUUCCUGCUGGCUCGUCAGGGGGCACUGGAGGGCCCGGCUCUCUUCCCCUCCUACACCGACUGGUUCAAGCUGGCCUUUGGAGGCGCCAGCGGUUACCAUGGCAAUAGCAAGAAGUCCCUGGUCUUCCUACUGAAGUUCCUGUCUGACCUAGUGCCCUUUGAUCCUCCGCAAUACCUGAAGGUCCAUAUCCUGCACCCUCCGUAUGUCCCAGCCAAGCACCGCUCCCUCCUGCAGGAGUACGUCUCCCUGGCCAAGACCAGACUGGCCGACCUCAAGGUGUCAGUGGAGGAGAUGGGGCUCUAUGAGGAUGUGUCUGGAGCUGCAGGAACUGUACAGCCCCAGCAGCAAGCCCAGCAAGAUGUUGAGAAGGCUGUGUCUCUAUUUGAAAGCACUGGGAGGAUCUCUACCAUGGUUAUGGAGGCCAGUAUUUUCAGAAGGCCCUAUUUCCUGGGCCGCUUCCUGCCCGCCCUCCUUGCGCCACGAAUGUUGCCUGUGAAGGCAGAUGCCAGGAUGAACUUCAUUGAAGCUUUGCGGAGGGCAGAUAAAAUCCCAGCAGCUGUGUAUUCUUCGUACACCGAGUCUUGCCAGAAUGAGAUGCAGAAGCAACAAAGUGGUGUGGAAAGGCCCAUGGAGGGCAGUGAGGCUCUGCUGGCAGUGCUGCAUGCUCAGCUGCAGGAGCUCAGGAGGCUGCUGUCAUCUGGCGCCAAACAAGGAGAUGUGUCAGCCCAGCUGGCGCGCGUCUCAGACACGCUGAGCGAUGUGUCCCCAGAACGUCCAGAGGAAAUGGACGCGCACGCCCCCAUCCAGCUCCACACAGGCCCACCCCCCUCCUGCCAGCUCCUCACCAAAGUGGUGAACGCCCUUCUGAGGGGCUUCUGUCAGUGUCUCCUGGAGGCCUCCAGAGCCAAUCCUCCAAACAGGCAGGGAGCGUGGGCGGCCCAGUUCGUGAAGCUCCUGCUGGGUCACAGACGGCUGCUCGCCGCCCUCCUGCACCGGCUCUGGGACCUGCUCCCCAAGCAGGGUCAGUCUCUGGGUGCGGCCCACGUGUUGGGCCUGGCAGCUCUGCUGGUGCAGUUCCAUGCGGCAGGCCCCCAGUGUCCCACGAUCCUGCCACCUUCAUCCACCUCAUCAUCAUCAUCACCCUCCUCCUCCUCCUCCUCCUCCUCUAGUCCCAUGCCCGUGGCUGAGGCCCUGAGUGAAGCCCUCCCCACUCACACUGCUGACCACAUGCACUUCAGUCUGCGGUUCUGUGUGGCUGUGGUCAGCUAUGGUCUGUGCAGCUCCUCUCCACUUCAGGACCAAGAGCAGCACCUGCUCCCCAGCAGCCUCUGCAAGAAGCUUUUGUACCUGGUGCCCAGACUGGUCCCGGAGGUACGUGUGCUGGCCAGGAGAGGAGCAGGAGCAGGAGGAGGAGGAGGGCAGGAGGAGCGUGCAGCCGCAGGAGACGGAGGAGAGGCAGAGGAGCAGUGGAAGUGCAUCACAGACCCCAACGUCACCCUCACCAAGUCCGUCCUGGAGCUGUGGAGAUGUGAAGCCUUCUCUGCCCUUCAGACAAUACCAGACUAUCUGCUAUCCUUUUCAGACUGGCUGUCUCUUGAGCUCAGAGUGCAGCGAAGUCAAGAUGCCCUAUCUGACCCACAGAGGCUGGAGUAUGAGCAGUGGGCGUGUGAGCAGCUGUACCUGCCCUGUGCAGUGGAGCAGGGGGGCUGUGGCGGGGACGUGAGGAGAGCCUGCACGCUCAUCUUGGAGGCCGUCAUGGACAUGGUGGGAAGUGAGCAGUCCUGGCAGCAGCGGCCCGAGGCCCGCGCCCCUCACACGGAUACCUGCCUCCCCGAUGUACUGUCCAGACUGCAGGAGCUGGUGUGUGAACUCCAGAUGACUGUGCAGUGGCGGAGGGGUAUGGUAGCGAGAGGGGGUGCAGAUGCUGAGGCAGAGGCAGAGGCAGAGGCAGAGGCAGAGGCAGGGCUCUCCUUCCUGUUUGAUGUGCUGGCCAGGCAGAGCUCCAGCUCAGAUGCAGCCUCCACACACUCCCAAAGCCUCAGCAGCACACUCAGCCUGCAGCAAACGCUACACACCUGGAACAGAGUGGUUCUGGCCCUGCCAGCUGUUUGUCUGAUCCCAGUGCGAAGUGAAGGGGGGCGCAGGACUCUGAACUGUCAACCCCUCAUAGAGCAUGUCAACCACUAUCAGAGGAAGGUAUGCAGUCCAGCGGGCCUCCUGCCUUACCACCUCACCGCCCACUUCCUCAGGGGGCUGCUUGGUGCCAGUGUCUGCUGUGAUUCUCCGGCUGCUGCCAUCAACUCAGCCGUGUCAGAGAUAAGCCAACACUGCCCUCUGCUGCUGGCCUCUGCUGGGCGCUGGUGGGCUGGUCUGUCACCUGUGCUGGUGUCCCAGUGGAAUCGACUGAGUGAUGGGGACGAUCUGCCAGAGAAGCUGCGGCUGCUGGCGGACUGCCACUCCUGGGCUUGCAGGUGGGUGAGAGGGGAGACUAGUGGCUUGGCUGCCGUCCCGUCAGCCUCUCCCCUUCUCCUGGCAGCGUGUCUGCAUCAGCAGUGGACCAGUGCACCUGAUUCCCUGGCCAAGACCGGAGCGGAGAAGCUGAGCCAACUGCAGCAGCAACACAAGCCGGUCCUGGUGUUCCUGUUGUUCUUUCACAUUACUGAUCUCCUUAACGCCUACCUCAGUUCUCAGGGAGGAGAGAGUGUGCUGAUGGCUCAGAAGCACUGUUGCGCAAUCCUCCCACUGGUAGUGCAGACUGCGGACUGGCUUCAAAUGUUCCACUCAAAACCUGCUGAGCAAGGCCAGUACGCCUCUAUCACCAGCAUCAGCACUGAGGAGAACCACCGCCUGAUGCCCCUGGCCUUCCACAGUCUGGUACCCUCUCUGGAUGCAGCGGUGUUGAACUGGGCAGUGAGAGCUCCCGGCUUUCUCUACACAGCAACUCAGAGUUACUGUAAGCUGCUCCAGCUCUUCUUAGACGGCCAGACCCCAGCUCCCAAGCCUGAGGCAUCCACGGAUCAGGUGGACAUAUCGCUGGUUUUGGCAAAGGCUCAGAAGUCUCUCCUAAAGAUCAUCACCCUCAGCUCAACAGGCUGCCUGACACACACACAAAGAUCCGAGUUGGAGACCCUGUGCGGAGAGCUGGACCCGGAGGUGGCAGCCACUCUCAGCAUGCAACUCAGCCCCCCAGACUUCAGCCAAGAGUUGGACUUCCUCUGAAGGAGACAGUGCCGGCGGUGGAUGUUGCAGGAACACCCAUUAAUGCUGAACCACACCGCCGAACAACAUGAUUCCAAUGGCCUACCAAACUUAGGUGGGGGUCCAGAACGAAUUUUUUCCCCCUUU